AUGGCAAUCGUUUCUAGGGCAGAAAAGAAGAAAGUCCUUGCCGAGUGUGCAGGCUCACGUGGCAGGAUAACAUCAGCGGCGCACGGACAUCGCAGCAAGGCUGUUGCUGUGGACAAGGUGUUCCGGGAGCGGAGUCCUUGGGGCUCUGCGCCUGCCAUGGACGUUUGGGAACCAACGCUGAGAAACGGAGCAGCUCACGGGCAGCCACCAUCCUGCAGCCUGCCCGCAAAGCCCUGUGGAGCAAUUCGAUUGCGCGGCCAGCACGGCAGCGAGCAGAGCCGGGAGGAGCUGGGCUUCCUGUGCAGGAAAGCUGUCAGUGCUAUAAGGGAGCGCGUGCGGGAGAGGAGUGGGAUGCCCCACGGCAGGGCCUGCUUGGAGCCGCGCGGCGCCGGGGGCCGCGAUUCCUACGAGGCGCCCACGCUCGCCGACCUCCAGAGCCUCGUCUGGCUCCGAGGAGCCUCGGAGAACCACGUGGACCAAGUCUGGCCCAACCUUUACCUGGGAGACGCGUGGGCUGCUAGGAAUAAAACUGCUCUUCAAAGCCUCAACAUUACUCAUAUCCUUAAUGCAGCACAUGGGCCAUACAGUAUCAAUACAGGAGCCAAAUAUUACGAUGAUCUACAAAUAGAGUACUACGGAAUAGAAGCUUUUGAUGAUCCUUCCUUUGAUUUAAGCAUCUUCUUCUAUGAUGCUGCCAACUUCAUAGGCAAAGCCUUAAACACUGCAGGAGGCAAAGUGUUCGUUCAUUGUGCCAUGGGGGUGAGCCGCUCUGCAUCUUUAGUGCUUGCCUUCUUAAUGAUCCGUGAAAACAUGACACUUGUGGAUGCUCUGAAAACAGUGGGCUCUCACAGAAACAUCUGCCCAAACUCAGGGUUUCUCAGCCAGCUCCGAGACUUGGACAUCAAAUUAAAUGAAGAGAGGAAAGGACCCAGAGAAUCUGCCAGCAGGGCAUUGUAGGAAAGCGCUGCUAAAAGAGAGAGGACAAAACAUUACUUGAGUUUCCUAUAUCUCUCUUAAAUGAAUUACAUUUGAAAACUAAGGAUAUAAGUUUAAGAUACACUAGACUACAUGUUACUACUAAAAGUACAUGUUAUUUGUUCUUUCCAUUUUGCAAAGCCAAUCUUGAUUAUACUUAUAAUUGGUUGUAUAUUGUAUCCUUCACUCUCCACCUUAAAAUAUUGCUCUC